AUGGCUACAUUUGAAGAUGACUUUAAAACUCAAAUGAAACUGCAGGAUCUCAAAGAAUUAAUAUCUACUCAGGAUCUCUCAUCAGCGAUAAACACGAUCAAAAAAUACCUUGAUCAGCAAGAUUUUGUAGAACUAAACGUUGCUGUGACAGGAGAGUCUGGUUCUGGAAAGUCUACUUUUGUAAAUGCAUUCAGGGGUUUGAAGAAUGACGAUGAGGGUUCUGCCGAAACUGGUGAAAUUGAGACAACUAUGAAUCCUGAAGUUUAUCUUCACCCAAAAUAUAACAAUGUAAAAGUGUGGGAUCUUCCUGGCAUUGGAACACCAAACUUCAAAGCUGAUGAGUAUCUUGAAAAGGUUGAGUUUGAACGCUAUGAUUUUUUCAUAAUCAUCGCUUCAGAUCGGUUCAAGGAAUGCCACACUCAGCUGGCUAAGGAGAUUGUGAGAAUGAGGAAAAAGUUUUAUUUUGUUCGUACUAAGAUUGACUCAAGCAUUAAAGCUGCAAAGAGGAAGAAGACCUUUGAACUGAAAAAGACACUGGACGCCAUCCGAGAGGACUGUGAAAAAGGUCUGAUAGACAUCCCGAAAGAGGGUCCUGUCGUGUUCCUGAUCUCUGGCUGGAAGCUUGGAAAGUAUGAUUUCAAUCUGCUACAAGAGAGGAUGGAGGAAGAGCUUCCACAGCAUAAGAGACGUGUGCUGAUGUUGGCUUUGCCGAAUAUCACACACGAAAUUAAUGAAAAAAAGAAGAAAUCUCUAGAGGAAAACAUUGGAAAAGUUGCCUUCCUCUCUGCUUGCAUGGCUACAAUUCCUGUUCCUGGUCUUUCAUUUGCUGUGGACUUAGCCAUCAUUGCAAGAGAGCUGAAAAAGUACUACAGUGCAUUUGAUCUGGAUGAUCAAUCCCUGCAGCUGCUGAGUGAAAGAUCUGGGAAACCGGUAGAGGAGUUGAAGAGUCUGAUGAAGUCACCACUGCGUCAUGGGAUAAACCAAGAUGCAAUAUUAACCUUGCUGAAGACUUCAUUACUGACUAUGUCUUUAAGUGUAGCUGAAUAUGUUGUGAGCUUAAUUCCCAUUAUUGGCAGUGUGGCAGCAGGAGGAAUAUCCUACUAUACAGUGUCAAUAAUGCUGAGGAAAGCUCUGAAUGACAUAGCUGAAGAUGCCGGAAAUAUGCUAAUGGCUUCACUGGAGACUGGGGGU